CGGCGCAGCGACGUCGAUGGCCAGUACCGAGUCGGUAGCGGAAUCGGCCACCAUCGAAGCCCUUGGCUCUCUCUUCAAGAUCACCGAGGUCUUCUUAUGGGAUGAUGGAAUGGGUACCAUACCCGAUGCUUCUGUUCACCUUCAUAAUGUGAUUGAAGAAGAACCUGCUAUUUCCUGUGCCACUGCUGAUACCAAUUCAGGCAUUAACCACACAGAUGGGAAGACAUUGAAUCAUAUGUUCUGGAACCAAGUCUUGAUGAAGCCAACACAAAUAUUAUCAACCAUUGUGCAUCAACCUUUCUUGCAGUUGCAUUAGCAGCAGGGAGGAAUAUGCAAAAACCUGGUUUCAGUAUAUAGUUCUUUGUUCUCUUUUUAACGGAACCUAACAAAAUAAUGGAGGACUGUAACCAAAACCUUAUAAAUACUUAUUCUCAUUUUAUUAGAACCUUAAGACUUUCUCAAUGGCAAUCGAUGCAUUCAUUGAUAAUGGAAAUACAAUCCACGUAAGGUCAUGUUUCUUAAUUUAAUCUUUGCAGCUUGAAUUCUGGCGUUUCUUCUUUUAUGUUGGAUAGUGUUGGCAUGAAGUUAUUUAGGACAUCAACAAGACCAUAUGUGCACACCCAAGUAUUUUCUUGGCACAAAAGCAUCAAAUAUCGUACUCUGAUCAUGAUGCACAGUAAGAAGAUGAUCACAGUGAAUAAUGUCUUUUAUCCUCUUAAUCACAAACAAAGUAUGCAAAUUGUUGUACACGAGACUUACUUGCAGUUGCAUUAGCAGAAGUGAAGAACUAUCACAUUGACAUACAAACAAACUUUGAUAAGGUAGGUAGCAGGGGAGAGCACUAGUAAAAGCUUGACAAAGACUUACUAUAGUUCUGACAGAUCUUUUGACUUUCUCGAUAACAAUUGAAUGCGUUCUUGGUGAAUGAAGAUACACCCAAAAUUUUGCCCGAGUAUUUUUUCUCCUCUCCCUCACUCAUGUAUAUCUCGAUUGCUAAUGCUCAAGUGUUUCCUCUUUCAUGUUUUGGCAUCAAAGAAUUGGUUGGGACCUUGACCAGAACUAUUUGCUUACGAGUCAGUGUUGGCACACAAAAGUCAUUUUUUUGUACUACAAUGCUUGUUCAACAAUACUUGGUGAAAUACAUGUCACAAUGGAGUAAUACGUUCUGUCCCUUAUGCCAUGUCUCGCACUCAUGUAUCUGUUCUCCAGCAUAGCCUUAUGUCAUUUCUUACAGUCAUGUAUCUGUUUUCUAGCAUAAAAAGAUCGUAAACUUGGCUUUGAGCAUGAACCUAUUGAUUUAUGAGCCAUAAGGUAAGGAUUUCUUGGGUUAAUGGACCAACUAGAAACAUGAAAAUUAAUCAGAGUUGAGUUUCCUUUCAGUUUUUGUUUCUGGAAGUUCACAUUCUGUUAGUUUCCAAAAUGGCGGGCCUCCACAUGUAACAUAGGAUAAGUGUCUAUUUUGAAUUCUAGAAGAAAAGGCAUAAAUCCAAGUUGUUAAAGACUACAAACCCACUGCACAUUUAUUAUAUUGGAUUAUUUCCACAUGGGUUAAAAGCCAUGGUUUCCAGUCUUUAGUGUCUUUAAGCCAAACAACUUUUUGAAACCACAAAAAGAUGGCUUUGAACAAUUUGUGAGGAAUCAGAGAAAACUUACUUUCUUGGUUUCUAGCAGUUUCACUAGUUUCUUGCAAGAGAAAGCCUUACUCCCCCAGUCAUAUGGAGAUGAUGUAGUUUAUGUUGACUUUGAAUCCUUAACGUACUAGCUUCUGCUUCAGAUACUAAUGGUGGACUCAUUAAAAAGUCCAUGCUAGACUAGUUGGAAUUUGGAAAGAGGAAGUAAGGCAUCUCUUGAUGCUCUUUGGAACCUUAUAGUACAAAGAUGUACAUAGAUACGCUAAAUCUUUCUAAUCUACUCAUUCAGGAUAUCUUGUCUUCUUGGAACCUCUGUUUGGCAUAAAACUUGUAGGAAUCAACAUGGUCUGUUCAUGUUUAUUUCUUAGCUGGCAUUCUAAGAAGGAAAGUAAAUACACGUUGUAUUACACAAAUGAAAAGUAACUUAUAUUUUACAAUAUAGUUCCUUGUUUUAUUUCCAUAAGUCUUGACGCUGAAGUAACCUUGAACAUGUAUGCGUAAACUCGUGAUACAUAUGCUAGGAUAGCAAUGUUGACCCUACUCAUUAAUGUUGAUCCUACUCGUGAUACAUAUGCUAGGAUAGCAAUGUUGACCCUACUCAUUAAUGUUGAUCCUACUCGUGAUAUGCAUGCUAGGGUGGCAAUGUUCAUCCUAAGAGGCAAACUUUUGUUAGGAGCUCUCAUUAGUGUUUUCGUGGAUAUGCUAGUUUGGUAUUAUGUCUUUUUGUUGUUGUCGGCUAAGGGGCCUUGUCCUUGUGCUGGCAUUGCUACCUUGGGUAUGUAAGAGUUUUACUACCCUUGGGGAGGCCCUAUUUUUUAUAUUUUCUUUUAUAUAUUAUCUAAUUCCCGGGAGGGGCCCUUCUUUUUUCUUACCCAAAAAAAAGAAGGAAAAAGGAAAAGGAAAAAAAAUGUUGAUCCUACUCGCAAACACAACCGAACUUGAAAGCAGCUAUCACAUAUGACCAACAGAGUACAGGUCACAAUGGGGUCAGCUGGAUUUAACUGAUAAAUAAGUUGUGUUAUGGUUCGAGCAUCAAGCUCAAUUUAGUGACCAAAAGAAAAACUGCAGUAACAUUAAAAUCGUAGGUUUUUCCUCCCAGCACAAAGAAUCAAACAAGGUCUUAAAGAUUAGUUAGGCACUGUUGCAUGUUAGCUGUAUCGUAUCAGAUUUGGAGCAUAUGGAUCCCUUCCAGCCGAAACUUACUGAAACUGACUGACAUUGUCAGCCGAAACUUACUGAAACUGACUGACAUUGUCAAUAUUCGUUGAUGAUCGUGUCAAGCAUAAAAAAAUUGAUUUAAUGUAGUUAUGGGGGAAAUAAAAAAAAUCAAUUGUUAACAGAUCAGAGUGAUAGAUUGGAUCAAUCCCUUUACUGUAUAUGGUAUAAUCCCUUAUAGUUACCAUAUCAAAUGAGGUUGCCCUCUUUAUUUUGUGCAUCCUUUUAAUUAUACAGCUUUUCAUCCAUAGUUCAUAAUGAAAACUGAACUGUUAACUUGGAUCAAAUAUAUUAAUCCUUAACCCUCUUGAUAUUAUUAGGAUUUUUGCUUCACAUAAACAACAGUUAAUGAGAAACCCUAAAAUUGCUUGUCUAAAUUUUAUUUAUUUAUUUCUCCAAGUUAGAUUGAUCAUUCAAAAGACUUUACUAUACUGAAAUUACUUUGGCAAAGAGAAAAAUUCUAUAUGCAUAACAUGUUUUAGUUAAUUAAGUGCACAAGCAUUUGCACAUGUACUUAAUAUGAAAAGAAUUUGUCAGAAAUUAGUCAUCAUGGAUUUCCCCCCUAUUUGUUAUUUACUUUUAACAAUUCAACAUGUUGCUAAUUUAACAAAAGGGCCCUAUUGUUUGGCGCUCUAGUCUAGCAGUACGUUAACCUUGUUUGAUCUAAAAAAAGUCAUGUUUCUGCUACUAAUCCAUUCCUAUCAUCAACUAAUUAUACUUUCGUUGUUACUUACUGUAAGAAGAUUGUAUUUCAAAUAUUGUUUUACCAGAAGACUCCAGUUUUAAUGGCUCUUGUGUCAUGAGCUUCACAGAUUAUACAUCUGUGGAAGAUUUUGGGUUAGCAAAGCAGAUGGAUGCUCUGGGGCUCCCCAUUUCUUUCAGCACUAGUAAGAAGAAAAAUAAUGUAGCUGCCAAAACUACAAAAAGGAAGGGAAUACAGGAGAAAUCUGUGUCCACCAAUAAAGAUAUAGAAUAUAGAGUCCUUGUUGCGACACGAAGUUGCCUAUCGGAGGAUAAUUCAUCAUCAAGAGUUCUGCAUGAUAGCACAAACAUACCUUUUUGUGAUAUUGUUAAGGCCACAGAAGCAACCACUGGAGACACCUAUCAUGAUGAUUACAGAGAUCGAUGUAGAGGUUCUGUGGAUAGAGAAUCAGUAAACACAACUGCUAGUAUACUUUCUGACAUCAUUGAGAAACAAGUUGGUGAUGAUGAGACUCCUGUGAUUAUGAGAAGCUGUAUCCAACAUGAGUUGUCAUGCUUUGAUAUAGAAAUGGAAACGAGUACUGAAGUUUUGGAGUUAAGUUCAGGCCCUGAAAACUUCCAUGGGAAUGAUCAUGAAUAUGUCAAAUCAGGAGCUCACAAAGAGGAAUUGUUUCAGAAAAAUGUUCUUGACAACUAUGUGGAAUGUCCGGCUACAUCAUGUUGUAUUAUUGGAGACACACAUGAUGACAAUAAAAAUUUGAAUUCAUGUCCUACUACAAUAGAGUCAUCUUGCUCUGGUGCAUCAGCUGGUCAUCAUUUUGCAGAGUGUCCUGACAACUUUCCAUGCUAUGAAUUUGGUGACUGGAGAGUCAUUUGGGAUUCUUUCUACAAGAGGAAUUACUUCUACAAUUUUCAAUCACAGGAGUCUACCUGGUAUCCUCCUCCAGGCUUGGAACAUUUUGCACUGUGCUCCAAUAUACCUAAUUCAAGUGACCUGUCCAGUGAUGAGGCUGAAGAGCAUCCUGAAAUAAUCUCAUGCAGGAUGAAUGGUGAUAUUACUGCAUGUUCAGAUGGACAUGAAAUUGUCAAGGAAACUGCUGAUAAGCAUGUUUUGCUUCAUACACCUCCAAAUCAUUCAACAGAUGAACUUGAUGUUGAUGAAUACCAGGAGAAACAAGAGAACUGUAUGAAUUCGGAGACGUGCAGUGUGCUGGAUAUGGCAUUUGAACUUACUGUAGGCAACAGUUGGGUUGACACAGAAAAUGAAGGAGCUAAUGGUGAAAAUGGGGGUGAUUUUCCAAGCAUAGGCUUGACUUCGAUGUAUGAGUUGGAUGGUUAUCACGAAGUAUGUGGAAAGAAGAAGAAGAAGAAGAAGAAGAAGAGAGAACGGAAGCUCCAGUCACGGCUAACCUUACAAGAAGUGGAUGGUUUUGUCCCUGCCAAUAUUGUUAAGUACUGGUGCCAAAGGUACUUGCUUUUUUCCCGUUUUGAUGAUGGUAUAAAGAUGGAUGAAGAAGGGUGGUUUUCUGUUACACCAGAGUCCAUUGCAAAGCAUCACGCAUCUCGUUGCAAUAGUGGAAUUAUAAUUGAUGGUUUCACUGGAGUUGGUGGGAACACAAUACAAUUUGCUAUGAAGGGCAAUUACGUCAUUGCAGUUGACAUUGAUUCACAAAAGAUUGAUUGCGCACAAGACAAUGCAGCUAUUUAUGGAGUUAGUGACAAGAUAAAUUUCAUUCAAGGCGACUUCUUCCAGAUAGCCCCACGCUUAAAGGGUGACGUCAUUUUCCUAUCACCUCCUUGGGGAGGACCAAACUAUAGUAAAGUGCAAUCCUAUGAUAUCAGAACCAUGCUUAAGCCUCAUGAUGGGAAACAUCUUUUUGACAUUGCAAGGACAAUUGCUUCCAAAGUUGUAAUGUUCCUUCCCAGAAAUGUUGACCUACAUCAGCUAGCAGAGCUGUCUUUGUCGGUCAAUCCUCCAUGGACCCUUGAGGUUGAAAAGAACUUUUUGAAUGGGAAAUUGAAAGCAAUCACUGCAUAUUUUGAUAAUCCGACUUAGUAGAAGCUACAGAUCGAUCUGUUGCUUAUCUAUUUUGAAGUGCUUAAAUUUAAAAUCCGGAGGGGGUAACGAGAAGCAAUAAACUGCUUUAGUUUGGUGCCAAUUGAAGCUUGAGAUGAUGUAUAUAUAGAGGACCAAGAUGUAUAUAUUCUUUUUAGAUGAUAUCGAACCUUUUUCUUUUUCCUUUGCGUCUUUCUUUUCUUUUUCAUUUCGGCUUUUUGUUAUCUUAUUAUCAUGUGUCAGUUUUCAAGUCCUCCAUCUUCUUGCAAAUUCUGAUAUAUGUUGUCAUGAGUGAAAUACAUUGUAGUAGAUCUGAAGCUAAAAUGCUGAUGGACGUUAAAGCUCUUGUGAUGCAGCAUCAAACCUUGGAAUACUGCAACUGUAGAUAAAUAUAUUCAGGGUUGAUGACGAUUAUUGCUUUACUGUUAACAGGAUUGGUUAUGUCUGUAAUUGAACAAUCCUCGUCCUUUACUUUAAAUUGGACGGGUGUUUUCGUUUUGUUGGAAAUUUUUUUUUAAUGCA